CAAGGACAAAUUCUUGUUUGCACACGAAAUAUAAGAAAGUAAAACAUUUUUGGUUGAUGUAACGAACAGACAGAGAAGAAGAGAAGAGAGGAAAAGAUGACUAAAUUUACAGGUUGGAGUUGGUUGUGUUACUUAAAUUUCUUCUUCUUAUCACUUUCUCUUCAACUAAUUCCAGGUUUGGCGAGUGACCCGUCAAGUUCCAAAGAUGGGGCGAAAGCAGAGGGUCAUGCUUCUUCUAGCAAAAACACAGGCGUCACAGUUCUUUUCGUCUUCGUUGGGUUGGUGGCAGCUGUAGUACUUGGGGUGUUCCUGUUCAAGAUGUGGCAAAAGAAAAAGAGAGCAGAACAACAUGCCCGUCUUUUAAGGCUGUUUGAAGAGGACGACGAGCUUGAGCUUGAACUAGGGCUUCGGGAUUGAGAUUUAUUCAUAUUCAUUAAAUGUAAUUUUAGGUAUGUGCAAACUGUAUGUAAACUUUCAGUAGCUAUGCAUUUUUUUUCUUUGUGCAACAUUAGAUCUAAGGUCUCGAGGUCAUCAAGAAGUUACAUGUAAUUCCGAUCAUUAAAAAAACCACAUGUAAUCUUUUCUGAUUCAUCUCAAAUAUAAUCACAUAAUUGAAUUUUGUAGUUGUCAA